CCAGUAAUUUUUGAGCGAAUUCAAUGUUUGCUUUAUAUAGAACAACAAGGUAUGAUUACCACCUUUUAAGUAGCAAGCUGCUGAACAGACAAUAUACUACUAUGCAAAUAGUUACACUUCUUAACAGCGUUAUCCUGGUGAACACGCUUUCAAUUGAUCCGUUAAUUAGAGAAUUUGCUCAACGAAGUCAUGCAUCUUCUAUCACGCUACUGCAAUGUAAUAGCUCAGAGUCCGUAGAACUGUUUAGAAUGCUUAGUGCAAACUUUUCCGGAUCAAUCCGGAGCGUAGAACUGGAUCCGAGUAAUUUUGUCGAGCACCAUCAACGUUUGAUGGCAGCUGAACACUUGAGGCUAAGUUUGGUUCUCGAGCUUAACUGUCCACGUGUUGUAGAGGUGAUGAAUGUUUGUUCUGUAAAUGGUUACUUUAACGCAUCCUAUCGAUGGCUUAUGAUCAGCCGAAGUUGUUUAAAAGGUAGUUUAGAUUUGCUGAGUAAGCAGAGUUUGAACAUUGAUACUAGAGUAACGUUGGCCGUACUUGACUCGAGGAAGAAACAGCAUAGUCUUUUUGAAGUUUACGGAACGAUUCAUCGAAGAGGAGGUCAACUAGACGUGAUGCAGGUUGGAAUUUGGAAGGAACGUGAAGGUGUUGUCUGGAACUGUAGCUCAGAGCACUACAGUAUGCGAAGUAAUUUUAAGGGAAUUACACUUUGGACGAGCGUUACAACUAUUGGAAUUCCAAAAAAUCAAUCCCUGCUAGAAUAUUUGCUAUCCUUAGAGCCACCUAGAAAUUACGUAGCCAAUCGACUUGGAUAUCGAGCAAUAUUGCUGUUGAGUGCUCACCUUAACUUCAGCGUUAAAUACAUAAAAACCUCCGAAUGGGGACUCGACAUCAUUGGGACCAACUCGACAAAGGGAGUCAUCGGGCAGUUGCAGCAAAAUAUGGUGGAUUUUUCAACAACUCCCCUAGCGUUGGCCACGGAGCGAUUGGGAUCGUUUGAUCAAACAAUUGAAUUGGUUACAAGAAGGAUUAUAACUUUGUUCCGGCAUCCCAAACUUAGUGGAACGAGAAACAUUUUUCUUCAGCCGUUCCAAAAUUGGCUUUGGUUUGGGGUUUUAGCUACUCUGCUAGUGUCGGCUUGUGUAUUAUUGCUGGCAUUUUAUAAUGAACGCCAUAGAGGAUUGCUUGAAAAUUGUCAUUUUAUUCUUGUAACUAUUGGAUUUUUCUGUCAACAGGGAUAUUCCGGGUCACCAUCAAUUUAUUCAUCAAGAAUCAUAAUGAUAACGGUGUUACUAUUUUGCAUAACAGUUUACCAAUUCUAUUCAUGUUUCAUAAUCGGUGCUUUGCUUGUUUUGCCACCAAAAAACAUUCGUACUCUGGAUCAGUUGCUUGCAAGUAAUCUUAAGAUGUCUAUCGAAGAGGUUGCUUAUAAUCGGGAUUAUUUCAACAGAACAAAAAGACCAAUAAUUUUACAAUUGUAUGAACGGAAGAUCCUUCCGAACGAGUACGGGUUCGUCAACGUAUCACUUGGAACGGCUUUAGUUAAGCAAGGAGGACAUGCUUUCCAUUGCGAUACUUCGUACGUGAACACUUGGAUUAUGGAAACAUUCACGGAUUAUGAAAUUUGUGAACUGCAAGAGAUCGAGCUGUACCCCAUUCGACCGUUGCACAUGGUUCUGCCGAAGGGGAGUCCGCUGAAGGAACCGUUUCGCGUGAGUAUCCGGCUGAUGAUGGAUACCGGCCUGUUGCAGUACUACCGAAGGAGAUUUUUCCUCAAAAGACCGCCCUGUUCGACGGAUAGUUUUUCCACUGUUCAGGUGGGAUUUGGAGAUGUUGCAAGUUUGUAUUUGUUGUUGACAUUUGGGUUGGCGAUGAGUUUUAUCGUGCUGGCAGUCGAAGUGAUUGAAUUUCGCGUUAGAAUGUAUCUGAUUGAUAAGAAAUUACAUAAAUUUGGGUGGAUGGAUUGA